GAGAAGGGGGCUGGUCCAGGGAAGUGCGACGUGUCUGCAGAGCCUUUUUAUACCUCGCCCCCGGGAGUUCGGCAGCCGCCACCGCAACGCGCGCGUCCUUCCCUCUCCGCUCCGGGGACCUGGGCUCUGCCGCAGCCGGCCAGCAUGUCGGGGGUCAAGAAGCAGAAGACGGAUAACCAGCAGAAAUCCACCAAUGUAGUCUAUCAGGCCCACCACGUGAGCAGGAAUAAGAGAGGACAGGUGGUUGGAACAAGAGGCGGGUUCCGAGGAUGUACUGUGUGGCUGACAGGUCUCUCUGGUGCUGGAAAAACAACAAUAAGUUUUGCUCUGGAGGAAUACCUCGUCUCCCACGCCAUCCCCUGUUACUCCCUGGACGGGGACAACGUCCGACACGGCCUUAACAAAAACCUCGGAUUCUCUCCUGGGGACAGAGAAGAAAAUGUCCGCCGGAUUGCAGAGGUGGCCAAGCUGUUUGCUGACGCGGGUCUGGUCUGCAUUACCAGUUUCAUUUCUCCGUUCUCAAAGGAUCGCUCAAAUGCCCGCAAAAUCCACGAGUUAGCAGGACUGCCAUUCUUUGAAAUAUUUGUAGAUGCACCUUUAAAUAUCUGUGAAAGCAGAGAUGUAAAAGGCCUCUAUAAACGGGCCAGAGCUGGGGAGAUUAAAGGAUUUACAGGUAUUGAUUCUGAUUAUGAGAAACCGGAGACUCCUGAGCUUGUCCUUAAAACCAACUUUUCCUCAGUAAGUGACUGUGUCCAGCAGGUCGUGGAACUUCUGCAAGAGCAGAACAUUGUACCCCAUACUAUAACCAAAGGCAUCCAUGAACUCUUUGUGCCGGAAAACAAAUUUGACCAAGUUCAAGCUGAGGCUAAAAUUCUCCCUUCGUUAUCAAUUACUAAGCUGGAUCUGCAGUGGAUCCAAGUUCUGAGUGAAGGCUGGGCCACUCCCCUCAAAGGUUUUAUGCGGGAGAAGGAGUACUUGCAGGUUAUACACUUUGGCACCCUGCUAGACGGCAUGGUCCAUGCUGAUGGAGUGAUCAACAUGAGCAUCCCCAUCGUACUGCCUGUCUCUGAGGAUGAUAAGACACGGCUGGAAGGGUGCAGUGAGUUUGUGCUGGCAUACGGUGGACGGAGGGUGGCUAUCUUACAAGACCCCGAAUUCUAUGAACACAGAAAGGAAGAGCGUUGUUCCCGAGUGUGGGGGACAACAUGUACAAAUCUCCCCCACGUCAAAAUGGUGAUGGAGAGUGGGGACUGGCUGGUUGGUGGAGACCUUCAGGUACUGGAGAGAAUAAGGUGGAAUGAUGGGCUGGACCAAUAUCGCCUGACGCCUCUGGAACUCAAACAGAAAUGUCAAGAAAUGAAUGCUGAUGCGCUGUUUGCAUUCCAGUUACGCAAUCCUGUCCACAAUGGCCAUGCUCUGUUGAUGCAGGACACCCGCCGCAGGCUCCUAGAGAGGGGCUACAAGAACCCGGUCCUCCUGCUACAUCCUCUAGGUGGCUGGACCAAGGAUGACGACGUACCUCUGGACUGGCGGAUGAAGCAGCAUGCAGCUGUGCUCGAGGAAGGGGUCCUGGAUCCCAAGUCAACCAUUGUUGCCAUCUUUCCAUCUCCUAUGUUGUACGCUGGCCCCACAGAGGUCCAGUGGCACUGCAGGGCCCGGAUGAUUGCGGGGGCCAAUUUCUACAUUGUGGGCAGGGACCCUGCAGGAAUGCCCCACCCUGAAACCAAGAAGGACCUGUAUGAACCCACUCAUGGGGGCAAGGUCUUGAGCAUGGCACCUGGCCUCACCUCUGUGGAAAUCAUUCCAUUCCGAGUGGCUGCCUACAACAAAGUCAAAAAAGCCAUGGAUUUCUAUGAUCCAGCAAGGCACAACGAGUUUGACUUCAUCUCAGGAACUCGUAUGAGGAAGCUAGCUCGGGAAGGAGAAAAUCCCCCAGAUGGCUUCAUGGCCCCCAAAGCAUGGAAAGUCCUGACAGAUUAUUACAAGUUGCUGGAGAAGAACAACUAAAUGCCUUUGGCUCCAGAGUUUCUUUCUGAAGUGCUCUUUGAUUACCUUUUCUAUUUUUGUGAUUAGAUGCUUUGUAUCCAAUUGCUUUUCAAUGACUGAUUUUAAAGUUAAUAUUUUAUAAUGAAGUAAAAACUGUCUAUAACUUAAAAGUCAACAUAUAUAUAUUAUAUAUAUGUCAAACUGAAGACUAAGUCUUAGCAGGUGAAAGCAAUAUUGUUAUAUAUUUCAGAAUAAAAUUAGUUGUAUUCUCUACUGCAUCUGGGCAGGUAGGUCCCAGAUUUCUUAAAGCUUUGACCAUGUGUGUCUAGUUACUUGCCAAAAAGUGAAGCAUAUUUUCCAGCUUAACCCUUGCCAACCUGCACUCUCCCAAUGUCAUAUACCAGCAGUAAAAUAAAUCAGAUGAGCAGCCUCUUCUGUGCAACUGAC